CCCCCCCGUUGGCUCUUCAUUUCCCAACCAAGCGUUCGCGUUUGAUCGUUUGUUGCGACCAGAGCAAUUCGGUGCAGGUUCGGGGCUGAAAUGGCUGAGAAUCUUGUUCGCAAAUGUCGUGAGUAGGCUAGCCAUCCUCGCGGCUGGUGGCACACGCAGACACGCCAAGCCCUCCGGCGCCUGCACCAAGCAAGUCCUUUCACACCUACACUUUUGGGUGAACUGCUACUCUCUGCUAGUGCCUCGCUCAGUUUUAAAAACACAGCAGAGAAGCUUGGUGCCUUUUUCUCACACCCUUACGAGGACUAGUUCCAGGCUCACGCUCUGAUACCUCCCCCGUUCAAGGAGCAGCGCUCGGCGCUGUUCCACUUCUGCGUCUGCUUCUCUUUCUGCGCUCCUCUCUGUCACACGCAACACAAACACACUGCACCGUUGUUAGGCUGUGGGAGGGCGUUGGAGGGCGGGCCGCGGGUCGCGCAAGCUGGGAAUGUUGCGUUCUGUAGGGCUUUCAUCACAUGCCCAGAGACAGACGGCUUUGCCUGCAAUAGACGCGCAGAGCGCGAUGUCCCGUGUACAGCCAAUCUCGUCACUGCGUAGGUAUCUAUGCUCCCGGUCCUCACCGCAUCUUCCAAAAGAAAACGCUGCUGGAGGAGGAAAAACGGCCAGAGUAUUUGGUCGUGGUCUUAGGCCUGGUCCUGCAGCUGCUCCUUGGUUACAUUCGAGCAGCCACGGCCGACUGCAAGAUGGCGGUUCAACUUGGGCGGGGCUACUAACGGUUGCGAGUAGUAGAGGUCGUUUCUCCACGUCCUCGACGUCGGCGGCCGAGGCACCUGACGGUAGCAGCGCGGGGGCUCCGCAGGGUGGUGUUGGAGAGGACGGAGGGCAGGCUGCGGGCACCGGAGAGGGGGCACAGGAGGAGGAAGACGACGACUUGUUCGAAGACCCGAGGACCGCGAUUUUGGACGCUUCGCUGAACCACGUGGAAGAGCACGGGUUCUCGGCCACUGCCCUGGCUGCCGGUGCCAAGGAUUGCGGGUUUCACUCGGUUGCCGCAGGAAUGUUUCCAAAGGGGGAAGCGGACCUGGUGCACCACCUCAUGUCCAAAGCUCUACACGAGGUCAAGCGCUUGAGCGAGAAGUCGAAGGAGGAGGAAGGUGGGGACAGAGGUGCUAGUUCCGAGGAUGGAGACGAGUCGUCCCCGGGGUCGGAGUCUGCGUGGCCACCUUCCGAGACGGAGAGGCUUAGAGACGGUAUCAAGGCUGCCAUCUCCUGUCUGGUGCCGUACAAGUCUCACUGGCCUCAUGCCAUGUCGAUCGGCCUUCUGCCCCAAAACGCGGGGGCGACGGCGACUGCGGUGGCGGUGUUGGCGGACGAGUUGGCGUUUCUCGGCGGGGACCGUUCCACGGACCUUUCCUGGUACGGGAAGCGGGGGAUCAUCGCUGGAAUGUACGCCUCAACAGAGCUCUACAUGCUGACGGACAAGUCUGAGGGCCUGAAGGACACGUGGGAUUUCUUGGACCGCCUCCUGUUGGACUACGAGAUUCUCGCGGCUGCUCCGGAGAAUGCAGCAGACGUUGCAACUGGGCUGGGCACCGUGGCUACAUCCCUGAGUUCAGCGGCCGUGUCGCUGGCCGGCCCUUUCUUGAAACAAGCUUCCAAGCAGGUCCCGGGUGCGGAAGCCCUUGCCCAGACGGCGCCCAACGUGGCCGCGCUGGCUUCGCAAGCGUUGUCCUUCGUCGCGUCGCAAGUCCCGCGCGCUGGGCAAGGCCCGCCGUUCAGCGGCGGCGCCAGCGGCCCUCCGCAGUCCGCCUCGGCUUCUUCCGCGGCGACGCAGACUAAGACCAGCGAUGUAACCCCCCCUCCCCCGCCACCCACGUUCCCCGGGGCCCCCGAGCAAGACCCCUGGAGCAGCACGCACGCGUCUACCGCUGCGGCCGCGAGCGGAACGCCCGGCAAGUUCGAGGAGGAGUUGGCGCGCGAGGAGCGAGAGCUCUUCGGCGACGGCGAAAAGACGCAAAGUUGAAUACAAGGCGCGCCUCCGAAUGGAUUAGUAGGGCCAUCAACGUGUGAUGCAAGAUGAACGUGCAGCACGUGUUGGUGUGAAUGAGCUGCCAGGUGCCUUCAGUGAAGUUUCCGAAGCUCACGCGGCUGACGUGUUGCUGACUCGAAGAGCCCAGCGAAAAUUAUAAGUCUUGUGAACAACAUGCAGGACGUCAUCUAUCUGUUUGAUUCCCGAUGCCCGUAAUUUGGCCGCAUCUUGCGGUUUAGGAUGGAGAAAGAACUGGGCCGGAGGGGGUGCCGUGUGCGAUGGUGGCCGUAUGGUCCUUUUCGAAAUACUCUUUUAAACAUCCUCGUACUCUAGUGUCCGCAAGCGGCAUAUGAGCGAUCCCGAGGUGUUUGCGGAGAUUGGCGGGCGGAGGACUUCGGGUUUUUCAAGGGGAUGGAAGGGAGCCCAGGGCGGAUAUAUUUGUCCUGGUAUUUCAUGUGCCUGGAAGGCCCUCCUCAAGCUACGUCGUACCGGUCGUCAGCUUUUGGGCUUGCGCUUCCACCCGCUGAAUUCUUCGCGCAGAUCGAUGCGAAGUACGGAGAUGUAUGUCGCUGGGGAGCAGGGGGGUCGAUGUCCUGUGCAAUUGUAGAUUGCUGCGGCAAGUGGGGCGCGCGUGUGGAGAAAAGGCGAACGAAGCUUGGAUCACGAAGCACCAUCUAACCAGUGCAUGUACCUACGUUUGCGUUCGACGAUGAACCCAAAAGCCGUCAAGUCGAGAACCUUAAUUGGUGCGCUACAUGAUGCUCGCAUUUCCUCUAGAAGUUUGAUUAGGCGAGGGGGAACGAAGCGAUUUCAGAGUUGUUGGGUGCUUGACCAAUCCGCAGGGCGUACUUUACGAACAAGUAUCGCUCGCUGCCGAUAGUGCUGGGAUUACAGUACCGCGGGAAGGAGAACGAUCGACUUGUUGAAGAUGGACAUAUUUCAUGGACGGCAUAUGCAUGUAGGUCCCAUCUCUCGAAGAUGCUACCUACCUGU